GCUGGCAUUGGAAAAACAGUCUCUGUGCAGAAGUUCGUCCUGGACUGGGCCGAAGGGAAAGAGAAUCAGGACGUCCAGCUCAUAUUUCCACUUCCUUUCAGAGAAAUCAACAUGAUGAAGGACAAAACACUCAGUCGUUCAGAUCUUCUUCACGUCUUCUUCCCUGAAACUAAAGAAAUGGAAAUAUUCAGUGAUGAAUAUAAAGUGUUGUUCAUCUUUGAUGGUCUGGACGAGUGUCGUCUGUCUCUGGACUUUAAGAGUAAAGUGAAUCUGUGUAAUAUAUCUGAGUCAGCCUCCGUGGAUGUGCUGCUGAUGAACCUGAUUGUGGGGAAUCUGCUUCCCUCUGCUUUAAUCUGGAUCACCUCCAGACCAGCAGCAGCUGAUCUCGUCCCCUCUGACUGCGUCCAUCGAGUGACAGAGGUACGAGGCUUCAAUGAGCCACAGAAGGAGGAAUACUUCAGGAAGAGGAUCAGUGAUCAGAGUCUGGCCGACAGGAUCAUCUCACACCUGAAGUCCUCCAGGAGUCUCUUCAUCAUGUGUCACAUCCCAAUCUUCUGCUGGAUCUCAGCCACUGUUCUUGAGAAGAUCUUGAGUCGAGCAGAGACUGGAGAGAUUCCCAAGACUCUCACUCAAAUGUACACACACUUCCUGAUCCUUCAGACCAACAUCAAACAUGAGAAGGACUAUGAGAAGAACCUGACAGAUGAAGACAUGAUCCUCAAACUGGGGAAACUGGCUUUUCAGCAGCUUGUGAAAGGAAACCUGAUCUUCUAUGAUGAAGACCUGAGAGAGUGUGACAUUGAUGAGACAGAAGCAUCAGUUUACUCAGGACUGUGCACUCAGAUCUUCAGAGAGGAGCUGGGCUUGUUUCAGGGGAAAGUCUUCUGCUUCAUUCAUCUGAGUCUUCAGGAACAUCUAGCAGCUCUACAUGCACACCUCUCCUUAACAAUAAAGAAGAUAAAUGUGUUUGACCAAAUCAAACAAAAUUAUUUCUUUAAUGUCUUACACAUAUUUAGACCGUUAUCUAAGCUGCAUCAGAGAGCUGUGAAUGAGGCUCUACAGAGUAAGAAUGGACAUCUGGAUCUUUUCCUGCGGUUUCUUCUGGGUCUCUCAGUGGAGUCCAAUCAGACUCUCUUAAGAAAACUACUGACACAGACAGGAAGCUGCUCCUACAACAAAGAGGAAACAGUUCAGUUCAUCAAAAAGAAGAUCAGGGAGAAUCACUCUUCAGAGAAAUCCAUCAAUCUGUUUCACUGUCUGAAUGAACUGGGUGAUGAUUCACUGAUGCAGGAGAUCCAGGGUUAUCUGAAAUAUGGAGAAAUAAGAGAAACCAAACUCUCCUCUUCACAGUGGUCAGCUCUGGUUUAUGUGUUGCUGACAUCAGAGCAGAAGAUGGAUAUUUUUGAUCUAAAAGAGUUUAUUGGACAACAACAUACAGUAGAUGAAGUUCUUCAGUAUCUGUUACCUGUGGUUAAAGAAUACAGAUCAGUUUGUUUUACAAUCCUCAAACUCAAACAUCCUGAAAGAGCUGGACCUGAGUAACAAUGACCUGCAGGAUUCUGGAGUGAAGCUGCUCUGUGAAGGACUGAAGGGUCCAAACUGUCAUCUGGAGAUUCUGAGGUAAAUGCUUUCGAUAAAACACAUAAGUAAUGCAUGUUUAUCAAAUUUUUAUAAAUAUCCAGACCAGCUUUGUUUAUUUAUAUGUUUAUUUAUACAUCAUUACCAUGUAGUACCGUACCUUUUGUUGAGAAAUGAUAAAAGGUUGCACCACAACAAUUAUACGAACUUGCACAAAAGCUCUGAAAUAUAUUUUAAGUUUCUCCUCUGCCAUGGACUUCUUGAGUUUAUCCUCUGCACUGCUGUAUGCUUGGUGUGACCGUGUCAAGAAUCU